GCGGUAGCGCCCGCUAGCCACUCCACGGACGUGUACGGGAAGCACCGAAAGCUGCUGAGGUCGCUGUACCACAGUAAAUUCCCGCCCAUGCGCUUCCAAGUGCACGCCGACACGCCCAAGGGGCAGGCUCGGGCGUGCUCCCUGGCGGCCUCGCACGGCCCCGGCGUCGUCGUCACCGGAGAGCCUAUGCACUGCGUCUUCGAGGUCAGGAGGCUCGUCACAGCGAGCGCUUUCGACACCAAGGUGUUCCUGGCGGACUACAAGGACGCCAUCACCCGGUUGUCGGCGGCGAGUCCCCCACCGAAGGGCGACGGCGCGGGCCAGCCUGAGGACCUCGAGCACGAGGCGGAGGCCCUGCUCGAGAGGUCCGUGAGCCAACUCCCCCCGACGUUCCGGCGGGAGGCGGCGCUCGACCCUGACAACAUGGAGCGCGUGCGGACUUUCCUGGCCCAGCCGCGCUGCGCCAGGGCAGGCACCUGGAAACGCGUCUUCGGUUCUCAGCCGCCCAGGGGCGCGCUGGCCCGGAUCGCCCGCCUCUGCGGUGCCCAGCUGGACAGCUCCGCCUCGCAUUGCAACUACCGCGCCGACAAGGCGUUCAGGGCCGAGCUGCGGCGCGUGCAGCACUGGUACCGACCGGGGCGCCGACAGCGACGGUGGCGCACCGGCAUCGUGCGGGACCGGCGGCAGGCCGCCCACGUCAAGGGCGCGCGCAGCGUCAUCACGCGGAAGGUGCGCGACCACUUCCGCAGGAUGCGCCGCCGCGUCAAGGUGGAGGGCCUGAUGAAUUGGCGGGAUGUCGCGCUCGCCACGCGGCAGGCGGGCAUCCCCGUCCAGUCUGGCACGGUCCCAGUGGAGCGGUUGUGGUCCUGCUUGGAGGACAUGAUGCCUGCAGCCGCGCGGGGCGACUCGCUCCGGUGGUUCAGGGCCCUUAGCAUGGUUAUGUUCUUGCGCUACAACUACACGCACUUCAACAAGGACAACCUGCCGACGAUGGCAGAGCGGGGCCCCCUGCUCGGCCAGCGUCUGGCGACGAUCGCCAUGCUGGCUCGGGCCGUGAACGAAUCCGAUCAGGGCUUGUCGCACCUGGCGCCUCUUUUUGACCCGCUCGGCUCGUGCUGA